CAUAUUUGCCCAAAAAAGGCUUAUUUUUUGUGAAGAAUUUUAUUUUCUGUUAAUAAAAGCUUUGUAAAUAUUUACUGCCUUUUAAACCACAUUUUUUUCUCGGUUUUUCAAAAAUAAAGUUGUUUGAAUAGCCUGGGGUAUAUUCAUAUCCCACUAUGCGGGAAUGCACGCCUACUGGCUUGGCGGUGCUUUGUACUUCGAUCCGGCGCGCGCUGCUUCUAAAAAUAGACCAUUAAGGGGGGUUUACACGAUGCCAGUGACUUGAACAAGUUACUAAAAUCCAGCACUGGAUGUGUAGACACGAUGAUUCCAGCGUUCGAUUUUAGUAAAUAAAUCAGUACGUAGUUUUAGUAAUUGUUUUAAAGUGUAGGUGUUAUUAUUAUUCAAAAUGUGCGCAAAAUGGACUGAAGAUACCACAGUAAAGUUUGUAGAAUUAUAUAGGGAGGAAAAGUGCCUUUGGAAUACACAGUUGGUAAUCUAUAGAAAUAAACAAGCCCGUGAGUCGACUAUAAAAAGAAUUGUGGAAACAAUGGAAAUCGAGAAUUUUGGCCCAAUAGAUGUAAAAAACAAAAUAAAAACUCUAAGGUCGACGUAUGUACAAGAGGUAGCAAAAAUUAAGAAAUCGCAAAGCUCUGGGGCCGGAGCCGAUGAAAUAUAUAAACCAAAAAUGAAGUGGUUUUCAGUUAUGCAUAUGUUUUUACAAACAAUGGAUAAGAGAAGGGUAACAUGCAGUAAUUUGGCUUCAGAAACAUAUAAUGGAUCGAAUACAUUACAAGUAGAAGAUGAAGUUGAAGAGGCAACACACGAAGAAGUACCAUUAGCAGCAGAGGUAAUAAAAGCGAAUGUUAGUGGAGCUAUUAAUGAACCUACUCCAAAACGCCAUAAGGCAGCGAAGUCCAAGAUUAAAGAAGUUGCUGGUUGCAUCAAAGACUUAAAUUCUUUAACGACGUCUAUUCGAGAUCUACAAUCUACGGAAUCAUCUGAAAAUAAAUUCGAUAUUUUCGGGAAGAGCGUAGCUGCACAAUUAAAUAAGUUGCCCCUUUUAGCGGCCGUCACGGCUCAAGCUGAAAUUCAGCAAAUUUUGACUCGUUCCAGAGUGUCAAAUAUAGAAGGUACAAGCACCUCAUUAGGUUCUUCCAGAUGCACCAGUGCAUUUAGUACUUUGCCAAUCCCGGAAUCAGACUCCGAUGAUGAAAUAGGGGAAUUUGACGUAAUUUUGUCUGACGAUGAGGAAAGUGACGGGGAACCGGAAAUAAAUGACAAGGAGUCGGAUCUUAUUGAAUGCGAUAGUGACAGUCAAGGCACAUCUGUGGAGCAGGAACAGCAAGAGUCUAUGAACGGUGGAAGUCUAUUUUAUAAAUCUAAAGAUGGUACCCAGUGGUCAAAAGUUCCCUAUCCUCAGACACGCAGAGGAGCUAAAGAUAUAAUAAAGAAUAAACAAGGUCUUACUCCGUAUAGUUCAAAUUUUACCACUGAAAUUGAAGCUUUUUUACUGUUCAUGUCAGACAAUAUAUUGAAUAUAUUAGUAGUUCAAACGAAUAGAAAAGCUGAAGAGGUAAUAAGACAAUGGAAUGAAAAAUAUCCACAUAAAUUGCAACGAACUUGGCAGCUUACCGAUUCUACGGAAAUCAAGGUGUACCUAGGAAUGCUGCCUGCUGAUCCAAGGAGCGCUAUAAGCAACCAAGAAGCCCCAAAAAAUGUUAUGGUGUACAGAUAA